AGUGGACACGAUCUGACUGCUUCAUCGUGCCAAGUAGCAACCCAAGCCCACCUCAGCUGAGGCCACGUUUCAGGUACUUGCGUACACUAGUCUCUGCUUUCACAUUAUCAUCUCUCUUCCUCUGCCCGCUAUAUAAGCACUCGCCGUCGCCCGUGUGCUUCCCUUUAAAGCCGAGCGCUUAUAAUUCUACAGCUGCUCGCAAGCCCCACUCCUCUUCCGCGAGAAUGCUGAAAUCAGGGAUGGGAAUCGAGGAACGAAAGCAGGUGAAACGGCCUGCCCAGGCCAGCUCCAGAAAGGGCUGUAUGCGUGGCAAGGGAGGCCCCGAGAACGCCAGCUGCACCUACAAAGGCGUUCGCCAGCGGACUUGGGGCAAAUGGGUCGCCGAAAUCCGCGAGCCCAAUCGCGGUGCUCGUCUCUGGCUCGGCACUUUCGAGACCUCCCAUGAAGCUGCUCUCGCCUACGACGCCGCUGCUCGCAAGCUCUACGGAUCCGAGGCCAAGCUUAACCUCCCCGACCUCUCCCUCAAUUCUCACCAGCCCGAUCCGCCCCAUUCCUCUGCUCCCUCCCUGCAGAUUCCUCAAAUGGUGCCCAAUCACCGGCCUGUGCCGGAUCAUCAGCUGCUCCACCACCCGGCCGGCCAUAUUCCUCCCUGGUCUUUCAACGCCGUCCCCAACGAUGCUCCGAUGAUCUCAGUGGCUUCUCAGCAAGUUGCACCGGUGUACAGCCCUAACUCUAGCUCCAGCUCCGGCUCCACCAUGUCCGUUCCCUUCAGUGCCGGGGAGAGCGUGAAGGCCAUUGAGAAGGAGGAGGAUUUCGGUCAAUUCUGGGGGACCGUCAACGGCCUUCCUGUCCCCGAGUUCGACGAUUCCAUCUGGGCCGAAGCUGCCAUGUCUCUGGAUUUUCCCGUGAUGUCUGAUGCGGGCAUAUAUGCGACUGGCAAUCUGGGAGAUGUGGCUCCGUGGGACUCUCUGCAGACCCCCUGGUGCAUGUGAUCGCCCUUCGAUCGCAUUUACAGACUUCAUCACUGUCUAUACCAUCACAUACCGCCAUAUAUACCAGCAUGGUUCAUACACACAUAUAGGACGCUCUGUAAAUACAUAUACACAUGAUCACUCUAGCUAGCUACUCCUGGCUAGUUACAGCCUAGAAGCAUCAGUAUAUGUAUAUGUCUUAUAUCUCAGUCCUCUCGGGGUCGCGACGCCGUGGUUAUUUCUGCACGCCGCCGUUGGCCUUUUUUCUUAUUAUAUAUUUUUAUCAUAUAUAUGUAAAUAGGUUUUUUAGGUUCUCUUUCUUUUUCUUUCUUUAAUAUUGAGUCAUGUAGUUACUUUUACUUCAAGGGGUUAUAUAUAUAUAUAUAUAUAUAUGGGAGCUAGUCUAGUGUAUGGAGAGAUGGUGAUGAAGAAGACGGGUUCGUGGUUGUAUCAGUUAUAUAAAUCAGUCACGUGCCUUGGCCGUGUGGGCCCUUUUCUAUCUAUAUAUAAUAUAUAUUAUAUGUGUUCUGUGUUUCGUAAGUGAACAAGAAUGCGUACAUGCACUUAUGAAAUCAGGUUCGUCUUGUGCUGCGGAGUGCGGAUGAUGCUCUAAUGUAUUUUGAGCAGCCAUGGCUU